GAGUUUUUCAAUUUUCAUUUUCCUUUUGGUACUUCUUCUUCUCGAUCAGCUGGUGAGACAGAUUUCUUGGUGAGUACAUUGAUCUAGCCAUUUUCAUUUCUUAGUUUAAGAUUCGAAUAUUCAGUGUCAGUUCUUGAGAUGCCAACGAGGAAAUUAUAGAGAGAGUUGUUUGUUUCCGGUCUUUCCUUCUUCUCAGAAAGCGAAACGAUUUCUUGUUGAUGAUCGGUAGAAGGGUUCUUUCGUUGCGAUUUCUAAAUACUGGCAGACUCUACAUUAACAAAGAUUUUGAGAACUUGAUUGCAAGGACAAUGGCUACUUUAAAGCAUUGCAAAGCAUUAUCCGCUUAAAGGGACAGUGUACCGAUUAUGCGCUCGCGCGAGCGUCAUCUGUUUUUUUCUUCAAAAUACAAUAGAACUGUCAUACAUGUAUUGACUCGACAAGAUUUCUUUCCGGACCGCACCGCCGACGGAGUUUUGUUGUUUACAUUUUCAAGUAAUAUUUUAGACUUUCGAAGAAGUCUUUCGUCUUAUUUAAAAUUUGGCGAGUGGCACGAAGACUCAUCGCGAUUUUAUCGCUAGCAGGGCCGCCUCGCGACCCGAAAAUCUCCUUCCGCUUGCGGCGUGCUUUAAAAACAGAAGUCAAUUGUUCCAAGUCCAGUGAUAUUUGCCUGAUUUGCUCGCGUUCUAGCCUCAAACGAAACAAACUGGUUUCCCAGUCUGUUAUAUUUCUAGACUUUCACUUCAACAGCAACGAAAGAAUAACCGGAGCGAACCAAAACAGUCGACUCGGUACUUCUAUCAAGACAAAUCAAAUUUUCAAAACCACCGAAUGAAUAAUUUACAAAGUACUUUCCUUAUAUUAUCUGCAUCUUUUUCCUCGAAUAGCUGCUGUUUUUCUUCUGGGAAUUUCUGGGAUAACUUUAGAUAUCGGUGCUUUUUAAUUAGCUUGAGGUUUCGUGUUUGUGUUAUUGUGUCCAUUUACGAAAACGAAAAUUGGCAGGACAUGGCGGUGUUUUUCUCGCCAAGUGUCACGCCACUUUCCACCAUGCUUUGAUCACGUGCUGUAAUGUAGCCCGAGCGGGGUACAUUGCUAAAUAUAUCACGAUCGGGAUACAUUUGAGUUUAGUCAAGGCCACGGGACCAAGAAUCAACCAAUGGCAGUCCCUGUUUAGUUGAGUGAAACAAGGGGCUUUAUUCGUUACUGCAGGGACAGUCCCAGAGUUUUCAAUUUUCAUUUUCCUUUUGGUACUUCUUCUUCUCGAUCAGCUGGUGAGACAGAUUUCUUGGUGAGUACAUUGAUCUAGCCAUUUUCAUUUCUUAGUUUAAGAUUCGAAUAUUCAGUGUCAGUUCUUGAGAUGCCAACGAGGAAAUUAUAGAGAGAGUUGUUUGUUUCCGGUCUUUCCUUCUUCUCAGAAAGCGAAACGAUUUCUUGUUGAUGAUCGGUAGUAGGGUUCUUUCGUUGCGAUUUCUAAAUACUGGCAGACUCUACAUCAGCAAAGAUUUUGAGAACUUGAUUGCAAGGACAAUGGCUACUUUAAAGCAUUGCAAAGCAUUAUCCGCUUAAAGGGACAGUGUACCGAUUAUGCGCUCGCGCGAGCGUCAUCUGUUUUUUUCUUCAAAAUACAAUAGAACUGUCAUACAUGUAUUGACUCGAGAAGAUUUCUUUCCGGACCGCACCGCCGACGGAGUUUUGUUGUUUACAUUUUCAAGUAAUAUUUUAGACUUUCGAAGAAGUCUUUCGUCUUAUUUAAAAUUUGGCGAGUGGCACGAAGACUCAUCGCGAUUUUAUCGCUAGCAGGGCCGCCUCGCGACUCGAAAAUCUCCUUCCGCUUGCGGCGUGCUUUAAAAACAGAGGUCAAUUGUUCCAAGUCCAGUGAUAUUUGCCUGAUUUGCUCGCGUUCUAGCCUCAAACGAAACAAACUGGUUUCCCAGUCUGUUAUAUUUCUAGACUUUCACUUCAACAGCAACGAAAGAAUAACCGGAGCGAACCAAAACAGUCGACUCGGUACUUCUAUCAAGACAAAUCAAAUUUUCAAAACCACCGAAUGAAUAAUUUACAAAGUACUUUCCUUAUAUUAUCUGCAUCUUUUUCCUCGAAUAGCUGCUGUUUUUCUUCUGGGAAUUUCUGGGAUAACUUUAGAUAUCGGUGCUUUUUAAUUAGCUUGAGGUUUCGUGUUUGUGUUAUUGUGUCCAUUUACGAAAACGAAAAUUGGCAGGACAUGGCGGUGUUUUUCUCGCCAAGUGUCACGCCACUUUCCACCAUGCUUUGAUCACGUGCUGUAAUGUAGCCCGAGCGGGGUACAUUGCUAAAUAUAUCACGAUCGGGAUACAUUUGAGUUUAGUCAAGGCCACGUGACCAAGAAUCAACCAAUGGCAGUCCCUGUUUAGUUGAGUGAAACAAGGGGCUUUAUUCGUUACUGCAGGGACAGUCCCAGAGUUUUCAAUUUUCAUUUUCCUUUUGGUACUUCUUCUUCUCGAUCAGCUGGUGAGACAGAUUUCUUGGUGAGUACAUUGAUCUAGCCAUUUUCAUUUCUUAGUUUAAGAUUCGAAUAUUCAGUGUCAGUUCUUGAGAUGCCAAUGAGGAAAUUAUAGAGAGAGUUGUUUGUUUCCGGUCUUUCCUUCUUCUCGGAAAGCGAAACGAUUUCUUGUUGAUGAUCGGUAGUAGGGUUCGUUCGUUGCGAUUUCUAAAUACUGGCAGACUCUACAGCAACAAAGAUUUUGAGAACUUGAUUGCAAGGACAAUGGCUACUUUAAAGCAUUGCAAAGCAUUACCCGCUUAAAGGGACAGUGUACCGAUUAUGCGCUCGCGCGAGCGUCAUCUGUUUUUUUCUUCAAAAGACAAUAGAACUGUCAUACAUGUAUUGACUCGACAAGAUUUCUUUCCGGACCGCACCGCCGACGGAGUUUUGUUGUUUACAUUUUCAAGUAAUAUUUUAGACUUUCGAAGAAGUCUUUCGUCUUAUUUAAAAUUUGGCGAGUGGCACGAAGACUCAUCGCGAUUUUAUCGCUAGCAGGGCCGCCUCGCGACCCGAAAAUCUCGUUCCGCUUGCUUUGAAAACAGAGGUCAAUUGUUCCAAGUCCAGUGAUAUUUGCCUGAUUUGCUCGCGUUCUGGCCUCAAACAUUUGAAAGAUUUAAAUAAAAAUGCAAUCUCAACGCUAUGAAUCAUCGCAAAGGUUAGUCAAAAACUGUAUUAUGAAUUCGUUGCACUAGUUUUUUUUCCGGGGGGGGGGGGGUACUUUAGGAAUUUCUGGGUGGGGAUGUGCCGCUAAGACUCUGGACCCCUUAACCUAUACCAGAGCUAGGUCAGCUGAAUAUUGCUACCCUAUACUAGAGUAACCUCCCCAAAUGCCCCCUAUCCUAGAGUAGCUGUUUUCCACUAAACUACUGAGGUCACUAGCACAGUAGUCUAGCCAAAACAAAACCUUAUACCACAAUCCCUAGUCUAGAUAAAAUCUUCAACCAACUGAUCAGUUUCCUGAAAAAUGAUACCCUAUUCUAGAAAAAAGUAAUACGCGAAAAGUAUCAGUCUGGACCAACAGCUCUGCUUUCGGCCUGUCAUGUCAUGUCCGGGAAGCAAAUUGUCACGCAAGCAAGCAGACCAAUUUACCCCCAUUUUAUAUGGGUUCUUGUUUCACAAGAUCUCCUCAGUCACAUCGAUGUCUCAAUGGUUUCUUUCUUACAGUCUUUAUUGUUACUGUUUCAUUUCUGCGUAUUCCUUUCAAAAUUAUCUGAGCUUGUAUGGAAGCUGGCAGAAGAAAUCCUUCAAUCGGCAUUAAAGCGCUUCCCAUCUUUUGGUCCUCCAGCCAAUGGCAAUAAAAGUAACGCCAAAAAAUCCCGAUUUCGUCCAAAUCGAAACUUAACGGGAACAAUAUAUCAUUGAUCUGUAAUCCUGAGACGUUUUAGUGUAGUACUGAACUCGGCCAAGCGCGAUGCAAACGCAUUUUUCAAGGUUCUCCUACUCUCCUCGCUUCUUUUGAUUUCGCGACAUCCUGUCCGAAAAUCAAAGUUUGGGGCAUGCGCAGUAAGGAGAUACUGUCCUUUUUAGUUUGACGUCUCUUACAUAAGCUUGUUUGGGUUUACGGUUUCAUAGCGAUAUUUUGAACUUAAAGUGUCGGAAGACACAAAAACCGUUAUUUAUUCUCACUGAUAAUUGUGAAUCUUUUGAGUUCACCCAUUUUACAGACAUUCUCGACCCCAGUGCUUACGGGUUUGGGAAUGCCGCGUGCGCGUGAGCUAUGGGAAACUCUGCGCCGGAGUAACCUGAGAUCAGGCUCUAUUUUCGUUUCGCUUUGUAAAUAACAUUCCGGCGGGCAUGGCGAGCGGUAGCCGUUAGAGAGAAUGUAUGAGAACCGCUCAAAUUGGGCCUGAUCUCAGGUUAGCGCUGGAGAAGCCAAAAUCUGGCUAUUUGGGCCUCACAGCGCAUGCUCUUUGAUCCAACCAAAACUUUUUGCUUCUUUUAUAUCUACUUCAUCGCGUAAGUCUUGUGCUACUUCGGUAUUACAACUGAAGAAAUUCAGUUAACGGCCUUGAAGAAUUUUCAAGGAUCCAAGGCUCUUGUGGUAGCUACUAAGAAAUACCGUUAAACGUUCCCAGUCACAGAUUUGAGACUUGAAGUUCGCAUCUGCUUGACAGCUGAUUAAGUAUUUCUGUGGACUACUUCACGAGGCGGUAUAAAGUGAAACCCGAAUGGCUUGUUAAGAUAAACGUAUCGAAAUUCCAAUAAAUCUUUCCAAAAUAUGAAUUUAGCGUCCUUUUAUCAGGGGCACCCAACGAGGAUAUAGUUCAAAAUCAUUUAACAUAGCAUUGUCGAACGUAUUUUAGUAUUUAAACGGUAGAUAUAGGCAUAUUUUUAUCCCCUAAAAACUUUUCAUCUGUUCGGAUUUCCUAGCUGAAAGUCUGGUGAUCCGAAAAUUAUAGGGAUCAAAACUUACCUUUUCGAAAAUUUCAGCCAGGAAAAGGCUCCCGAAAAUUCUAGGUGACCUUUUUUAGGGUAAAUAUCCGUUUAAAAUGGGUAAUUAUACCAUUUUGUAGAUGUUCGAAAAUCCUAGGAGAGGCAGGCAAGCAAGAAAUUUCACAACAAAUGUUCUGAAAGUUCUAAAUUCGUCUUCCGAACAGAUAUUUUUCCGAAAAUUGCCGUUGGGUGCCCCUGUUUUAUUUAUGUUUGUUCAUGAACAUUAACACUUCAGCGAAGCUGCUUUGAAAUGCGAUAUCGUGGGAAAAGAAGACAACUAUAAAUAUCUAGUCGCAUUGUACACGUAUCACUUUAGGGAACGAUUUACUUUUUCAGUUUUUUUUUUUUUUGCAAGUCUGUUUUUGGGCAAUUUACGACAAGAAGCUCAAGUUUUCAUUCAUACUCCGCUACUUCGAGUGAAUACGAUAUGUGGAAGUCAAAGAAAAAUCAGUAAUGUGUCAUGCUUCUUAAAUUAUAGCUGGCAAAGAUGUCGGUGUAUUUUUAUUUUAUUUUUUCACAUUCAAAUCUUUUUCUGGUUCAAUUUUCGAUAUGUAGCUAAUUAGUUGUGCAAAUGUUGUUUUUGAAUCGCUGAAAUAAAGAAUCGGCCAGUCUUGUUUACUUCAACAAUUCUAAGGGAAAACCCGCUCACACGCCACACGUUCAACCGCUCUCGUGCAAACUCGAAUGGACCAAUCAGAAACACUUUUAUUGUUUUUUGCUGAAACCAAGAGCCAUAAUAGGAUUAUCAUGGCUCUUGCUGAAACCAAUCAGAGACAAUCUUGCUCCAGGGUUCCCCUGAGCUCUUGAUCUCUCUCCUCUACAGAAGAAGAGCUCUGGGUCGAGAAUGUUUUACAGGUUGAGCAACAUAAAGUGACGGUUUUUUUCCCUACUUUUUAAUUUUAUUCAUGCAACGUUUUGUCGGUUAUACAGUUGGUUGAUUUUUUCUGUUCAAAGAAUGAUCUACUUUGAUCUCUUGUAUCUCUCUUUUCCUGGCAGUUUAGGGUACAUUGUAUGCCAGCAUUAUGAAUCGCUUUUCGUGUUACCUAUAUUUGAUUUAUUAUAUGGAGGAGAGUGUUUUACUGGGAACUAAACCACUCGUAGAUUCCAUACGCCACUUCAUCCGGGACCCGAGUGGCGUAUUUUCCGUAUGUCACCUUUGUGAGUGUCGUAUCGUUCAAUGACGUCACGAUUCCCGCCUUUUGCUUUUGUUGAAUUGGUUUCUCCAUAUAAUAAAAAGAACAUUACACGUUGGCUCGAAGAUAUGAAUUUUAUGUUCUCGUGGCAAGAACAAUAUCUCACUCGUUCGCUUCGCUCACUCGUGAGAUAUUGUUCUUGCCACUCGAACAUAAAAUUCAUAUCUUCUCGCCACCGUGUAAUAUCCUCUAUAUACUAUUUAAUAUGGGGGUAAGAUGGUUUUGUCUUUCUUGCAUUCGCCGAGAUCUUAUAAGUUCCGCUUCGUGUGUGAAGCGGUAGCAUAUCACAUAAUUUUUCUUUAGUUUCAGUUAUAUUUAUAUUUUAUGUAGCUUUUCUUUACCGUGGCGGUAUGCGAGCCUUUAAUAUUCCUUGUUAGCAGUGUCAACGAAGUAGCUCGACAUCCAUAUUCAACAAGGGACUGCUUUAUUUUACUGAUCUUUCAGAGCAAAACAGCCCACUGUGGUUUUCUAGCACGUCAGGCGUGACAAACUUCACUCGCCGGAGGUAAGUACUUUGCCGGCUUGUCUUCGACUAGUUAAGGAAGGGGAUAUAUUUUUUUCUCACCCAAAAAGGUAAGAACUACAUAUUUGCUUGAAGAAGAGCUUAUCCUUUUCAGAAAGGGGGGGUGGGGAGGGGGCUGCAGCCCCCCAUUUUUUUGGAGCAGCAAGAGAAAAUUUGGGCAAAGCCAGUUUUUAACUAAGUUUUCAUGUUUUUAAUUUACUAUUAUUAUUAUUGUUAUAUAUAUUUUUUAUUUUUCAUGUUUUUUUUUUCCAUUUUUAUUCUUAUUUUGUUAUUUUUCAUGUUUUUUUAAAUUUUAACCUGCCUGAAGUCGGCGUAAUAUUCCAGUUACAUUCACACCAGACUGUGGUUGCCUAGCACAUGAUGAACUUCUGGUUAUUAGGGAAGGGUAUCAUAUGUUGAUUUACAUACUGUCAACUCCCUUUAUAGCGGACACCGUAGGGACCUCUUGUUAGUGUCCUCAUUAGCGAGAGUUCGUAAUAGCGGGAGUUUAUUUCAGUCAAACGUCUGUAAUUUGUUUUUUCCUGGGAGUUAGCUGCUGUCCGUUUUAUCGGGGUGUCUGUUAUAGCGAGGUGUCCGCAAGGCGAGAGUUGACUGUAUUUGCGUUUUUUUGGUGUUCGGCACUGCACUGGCUGGAAUGGGCUAUUUCCAGUCGUGAAUUGAUUAGAAUAAACUUCUGCAUAACUUUCUAGAGUCAUCUUCGCUCGUAGAACACUGUAUGGCAGAUAGCAUCAGCAAUGGGUCUGAAAAUGAAGAAUUGGCUGACUAAUUCUCAUUUUAUAUUACGAGAAGAAUCUUAUUUUUUUUAAAAAAAAAAAUCUAUCGAGCGGUUUAAAAAUUAUUUGCUAAUUUGUUAAAGUAGACCGAAUUGUUUACAAAACCACUAACAAGAGCGCCUCGAUACAUACUAAUCAAGUCCUUCUUUCUAGCAAUUGGCCGGAGCUAUCUCCACGAUCUUUCACACGUUUUUUAAACCACUAUAAGGUGAAAUUGCAUGGUCAAAAGUGCUUCGUUUGCUACAAAUAACGGCCAAACAUCAAGAUUUUCCUGUUUUACCGUAUUUCUAACGAUAAAAACUUCAUCCCAAAAUAUCUCGAUAACGCAUUUACUGAUUCCGCUUUAACUUGAAGAACAUCGAGGCGACCGUACUGGAGAAGAACGUUCCCGUGAAUGAUUUUGUAAGAAAAGUUCCCAGUGCCGAGAAGUAUUGCUGCAAGUAAAAUAGGUAAUGGCGUCAUUUCGUUGCUUUGACAACUCCGAUGUCAUUGCAACCCUGACCAUGACAAAUUUUCAUCUUUAUCCAAUACAACUGUGGUGGCAAUUUUUCCAAAUGUUUGCUUAUGGCGACGUAGUUUAAGCUCGAACUUGGGAGGUAUUGACCCUUAAAAACUGUAUCGAGCCACCUUCAUAUGCCAGUACGGCCUAUGUUGUUUCGUAGAAAUUUAGGCAACUUGCGAGAAGUUUUUGGGCAAAUGGUUUACCGCCUCCCCUGGCAGGAAAUUACCCGUACGCCUAUGGUUACUUUGCUUUUAAAUGUAUAAAAUCAUUAAUGUGUGUGAGAUGAUUAGAACACGAUUGGUAGAGAUUAUUUGUUUUUUUCCUGAAUCAGUAGUCAGUAACCUGGAAAGUAUAAACCAUAAAUGAUUGCUGACAAAAUGAAAAAAGUUUGGAAAAGAGUUGGCAGAUUCGUCUAUUCUGAAAAGGAAAGCGAAUGUAGAACGCAAGCAAUAUUUGCCAGAGAGCUAUCAGAUCAUUAUCGCGUAGAAUUCAACUGUUUUCGUGGCAUAAACUUGAGUAUACCCAUGCCAAAUACAGAGCGAAAACUCGAGCAUGGCUUCGAGCUAGGAUUCAAACCAGGUCUUCGAACGAGGGCUUCUUUUGCUUAUUGCUAAAGACAAAUUCUAAUUCUGAAGUGCUGCGAGUAGAGUCCCUGAGCGGUACUAAAUCAUAACGUGUAUGAAUGUUAUAAAUUGGCUUACCAACAUUUAUAUUUCAAGCAGUAAAUCUAUCGAGUUUUUGGCGAUGACCUAGUCUGCCACACAGCCGUUUUAAGUAUCGUCACGCAACGCUCCCCCCCCCCUUUGUGGGGAGGAGCGUUGCGUGACGACAAUAAGAACGGCUGUGUAGCAGACUAGCGAUGACCCGGCUCAGUGGAACACGUUUUACUAAUCCCUUGGCCCUUCGUUGUAUCGAUGUUCCACUGUAAUCUCCACUGGAUAACCAGGCCUUGUUUGGCCGCUAAGAAUUUGAACUUCUGGCUUGCUUUGUCAGAGCUGGCCACUGCACACCAACUCUGCAGCCAAGAAAAGACGUUUUUCGAGCUCACUUUCUUCACUGUCUAGUUAUGACUUGAAAAAAAGAUCCUGACAGAUUUCUCUGUCCAAGUGUUGAACUUUAAAGAGUUUACGUUAUUGUAAACUGAUGUGGAGAAGAUCCUCGCUGUUAAAGACGCAAUUUAUGCAGUUGCGGAAAGAAGGCCUGACAAAAACGAAAAAUUCAGGCUUGCCGGGAUGCGAUACCGGUGCAGUGCUCUAACCAACACGUAUUAUAUUGCUAUCGGACGGUAUCCAAUAUCUCACAUAUACUUCGUAUGCUCAGCUGUAUACUUACUUUACCUCCGCACAUUUACAGUGUACGUAUUCAGAACACUUUCAGUAAAAUUUUUUCAGUAAAAUACGGCCGGAGAAAUCAAAGCGAGCUGUGAAACUCGCUAAUGCUAACAUCAAUCGUGCUUGUUUUGACACAGAAGUUAGGAGAAACGCAACACUCGAUCACGCACAGAUUCAAUUAUACAGAUACCAACAAAAGCAAAAACUCUUGGUCUCAUUAAAAAUAACUGUAAGCUCUAGGAUUCCAAGAAACCAAACCUUGUACGGUAACUUUCCUUAGUACUCUAUUUCUCUCAAGUUUGUACUUGAGGCUUCCGCAGAAGCCGCUUUGCGUUCUCGAAGCGUCGCCGCUUAUUUGUCCUUUCGCCAAUGAGACUUUGAGAUGAACUUGUGUGCGAAAUUCUCAAAGUUCCUGUUUUCGUCGGACGAGUCUUCCUUAUCCUAUUCCGAAAUUUAGACUUCCAAAAAUGAGUGUUACAUUAAACAGAAAGAAAUAAAUCUUUAAAGAGACUUUGUGAAUAUGGACGAAAAUCCUUUAAGUAAUGUUUAAUAAAAGAGCACCAGUGUUUUAUCGGGUUUAAAAUCACAAGCCGAUGGCAAGCGAUUUUAGACCCGAUAAAACACGUGCUGCGAGUUUAUUAAACAUUACUUAAGUUGGCCCGAACCUAUUUAUAUUCGUGCUGGUUGUUUUUGAUUUGCGUUUUUCAGAUAAAAGAUUCAACCGAUUUCUAUGAGUUUUGGCAUCCUUAAUAAAUAAUAAUGGAAAUUUAAUAAAAUGUUAUUUAUUUUCUUGUAGAGUAUAAAAACCUUUGAGAUAUUGGCAUAUAUUUAAAACCGCAUUUUUACGAAAAAGGUAUAUAACUUAGAAAUCCUACGACAGAUUUUUCCCUAACUUCAGCAAACAAGCGUCAGAGCUCUCUAGUUUUACAUCUGCAAGUUUGACGGCAACCGUGACCGUAGAACUCGCUGCACAAAAUGCUGGUCAAAUUUAACCUUAAAAUGCUACGCUAACUUAUUUGUGAAAGUUGACGCACAAAUAAAAGAAGAGUGCCGACAUACUAUCUCCUAUCUGAAAGGACAUUCCUACCCAAAGCUUUUUGGCAAGAAACUGAGUAAUCAGAAACUUACGGCGAACAUAGUUAGCACUAAAGGAAGAACAACUUUAUGCUGAGUGCGCGGUAUAUAUUAAAGAAUUUCUAUUCAUCAAACUUACUUUGUAUUUGUCCCUCUCUUUUGGAAACAAAUCUUAACAAAGCAAAAUAUAGCAUCUACGAAAAACUCUCAAGAGUUUUUAGCGUCGCAGGUUCCCGUUUUGAAGAGAAAUAAGGCCAUCAACUGCAUUACUUCCAACCAUCCAUUUUUCAGCUGCAAUGAAAACCCUUGAUUUGGUAAUUUAUUCAAGCUUUUUAGACUUGCAACCACAUUCGCACGGGAAGUUUACCACUUGGGAUAAAGAUGAAGACAAAUAUGACAAUCGUCUUAUUCUUCGCAUUAUCCCCAACAGCAAACUGCCCAUGCGAAUGUUAUGGUAAAUCUUACAUAAAAGCUUGAUUACCUUGCAUAAGAAGUUUAACUGUUCAGUUAAAAAGACGUUAGCCGUUAGACGUUAGAGUUCUUACUCUUAACAUAUUUUUUUCUCAAGGUUAAGAAAAAAGCGUCAUGGACAACGUCACGGAGAUUCUACAGACCAUUCGUCUUGGUCAAGUCGUUGCAACUUUCCUUUUCAACACUGGGCGUAUUAUAAAAGCAGUACACAUAUUUAACGAAUGUUUGGUGCUCCUUAACGGUAAAGCCCUAGAGACAAUGAAAGAACUUACCACACCAAUUGUUAUCAAAUUUUAUCGUAUACUUCUUGAUGGCUAUACUCGUGUGUACGAUCACACCCGUGCGAUAGAAUGUGGUAAAAAGCUUCUAGUGACACUACACAAUAGUGGCCAAAAAGAAGUAGAAGGGAUGACAUUACUUAAACUAGCGAACAUCUACUAUCAAACAAGCAAAUACGAGGAAGCAAAACAGUUUUACGAGAAGGCACUCAGCAUCAUGCUUCAGGCUGGAAAUAAUCGCAGAGUUGGAACAUGUUACGGGAAUCUAGGAACCGUGUUUCUUUCUGUUGGUCAAUAUACCAUGGCUGAAGAAUACCUUCAAAAAGCACUAGUGAUCAGGAAAGAAAUCGGUGACAAAGAAGGAGAAGCAUCAGAUUACAGAAAUCUAGGAACUGUGUUUAAAUCUGUUGGUCAAUAUACCAAGGCUGAAGAAUACCUUCAAAAAGCACUAGUGAUCAGUAAAGAAAUCGGUGACAAAGAAGGAGAAGCAUCUUCUUACGGAAAUCUAGGAACUGUGUUUGAAUCUGUUGGUCAAUAUACCAAGGCUGAAGAGUACAUUCAAAAAGCACUAGUGAUCAGGAAAAAAAUCGGUGACAAGGAAGGAGCAGCAGCAGAUUACGGAAAUCUAGGAACUGUGUUUACAUCUGUUGGUCAAUAUACCAAGGCUGAAGAAUACCUUCAAAAAGCACUAGUGAUCAGUAAAGAAAUCGGUGACAAACAAGGAGAAGCAGUAGAUUACGGAAAUCUAGGAACUGUGUUUAAAUCUGUUGGUCAAUAUACCAAGGCUGAAGAAUACCUUCAAAAAGCACUAGUGAUCAGGAAAGAAAUCGGUGACAAAGACGGAGAAGCAACAGAUUACGGAAAUCUAGGAAAUGUGUUUCUUUCUGUUGGUCAAUAUACCAAGGCUGAAGAAUACCUUCAUAAAGCACUAGUUAUCAGGAAAGAAAUCGGUGACAAACAAGGAGAAGCAGCAGAUUACGGAAACCUAGGAACUGUGUUUCUUUCUGUUGGUCAAUAUACCAAGGCUGAAGAUUACCUUCAAAAAGCACUAGUGAUCAGGAAAGAAAUCGGUGACAAAGGAGGAGAAGCAGCAGAUUACGGAAAUCUAGGAACUGUGUUUAAAUAUCUUGGUCAAUAUACCAAGGCUGAAGAAUACCUUCAAAAAGCGCUAGUGAUCAGGAAAGAAAUCGGUGACAAACAAGGAGAAGCAGCAGAUUACGGAAAUCUAGGUACUGUGUUUCUUUCUGUUGGUCAAUAUACCAAGGCUGAAGAAUACCUUCAUAAAGCACUAGUGAUCAGGAAAGAAGUCGGUGACAAAGAAGGAGAAGCAGCAGAUUACGGAAAUCUAGGUACUGUGUUUCUUUCUGUUGGUCAAUAUACCAAGGCUGAAGAAUACCUUCAUAAAGCACUAGCGAUCAGGAAAGUAAUCGGUGACAAAAGAGGAGAAGCAUGUGCUUACGGAAAUCUAGGAACUGUGUUUCUUUUUGUUGGUCAAUAUACCAAGGCUGAAGAAUACCUUCAAAAAGCACUAGUGAUCAGGAAAGAAAUCGGUGACAAACGAGGAGAAGCAUCUACUUACGGAAAUCUAGGAAGUGUGUUUAAAUCUGUUGGUCAAUAUACCAAGGCUGAAGAAUACCUUCAAAAAGCACUAGUGAUCAGUAAAGAAAUCGGUGACAAAGAAGGAGAAGCAGCAGAUUACGGAAAUCUAGGAACUGUGUUUAAAUCUGUUGGUCAAUAUACCAAGGCUGAAGAAUACCUUCAUAAAGCACUAGUGAUCAGGAAAGAAAUCGGUGACAAAGAAGGAGAAGCAACAGAUUACGGACAUCUAGGAACUGUGUUUAAAUCUGUUGGUCAAUAUACCAAGGCUGAAGAAUACCUUCAAAAAGCACUAGUGAUCAAACAAGAAAUCGGAGACAAAGCUGGUGUUGGAGCUGUAUACUUAAAUCUGGGAAAACUUUGUCGAGAAUUUCAACUUACUGCAAAGAGUCGAGAAUUUGCUAAUAGAGCACUUAAGAUAAGUUAUGAAAUAGGGGACAUUGAACUGCAGUUUAACAGCCACCUUACCAUUGCUGUGAACGAGUUAGUGGUAGGAGGAAGCAUAACUGAAGUUCUGCGAAAUCUGCAUGAAAGCAUUCACAAGUGCGAAGAAAUGCAUGAGUUUUUUAGAGUGAAAGAUCAAUUCAAAAUUUCUUUUUUUGAUGGGCAUGUGACCCCUUACCUUUGUCUUUGUAGGUUUUUAAUUGCUACAAAGAGCUAUUAUGAAGCUCUUUACGUUGCCGAGCUUGGACGAUCCAGAGCACUGACAGACGUACUUUCAGAUAAGUACUCUGUGGAAAAAGGGGUAUCAGUCAACCCACAGUCAUGGAUUGGUAUUGAGAACAUUAUGAACAAAAAUGCACUUAGUUCUUGUCUUUAUGUUUCCUGCAUCGGUGAUGAUAUGUACUUUUGGAUCCUCAAGCCAAACAAAAUGAUAGUUUUUCGACAAACGAGACUCAAUGAAAGUGCAGAUAAAGUGUUUGGAAAUCAGACAUUUGGUGGCUCUCUUGAAUUACGUCAAGACCAAUGCGAAGAUCGAUCAUUAUUUUCAUGUGUAAGUUCCCCGCUAUCAUGCAAACAAUCUCAGAGUGACAGCUUCGAAUCUUUGCGUCUUAUCGAAGAAGAGGAAGACGAAAAUCACGACUCUAAACCUUUAACCCUUGCUGAUGGUUACAACAUGAUAGUCGCUCCUGUAGCUGACUUACUCCAAGAAUCAGAAAUCAUUAUUAUACCGGAUAACUUGUUGUAUCCUAUUCCUUUUGCUGCUUUAAAGGAUGGUAAUGGAAAGUAUUUAUCGGAUACUUUCAGGAUUCGCAUUGUCCCUUCCCUGACGACUCUUAGGUUGAUUCAGCUCAGUCCAGCAGACUACCAUAGUAAAACCGGUGCACUGAUCGUAGGGGAGCCAGACGUUAGUGAUGUAUACUACCAAGGAAACAUUCUACAUUUAAUCCCACUGCCUUGGGCGAGAAAGGAAGCAGAGAUGAUUGGGCGACUGCUCGGUGUUCAGCCGUUGCUUGGAAAGGAUGUAACUAAGCAGGCAGUCCUGGAAAGCAUGCAUUCAGUAAGUCUCAUUCACUUCGCUGCUCAUGGCUGUGCCGAACGUGGAGAAAUAGCUCUUUCCCCUGUAAGCUCCUGCGGAACUCCACACGAAGAAGACUACUUAUUGACGAUGGCUGAAAUUUCACAAGUUCGACUAACAGCCAAGCUGGUUGUCCUUAGCUGCUGUCAUAGUGCAAGUGGUCAGAUUAGAUCUGAGGGAAUUGUUGGAAUCGCUCGAGCAUUUCUAGCAUCUGGUGCACGCGCCGUGCUGGCGGCGCUGUGGGCUGUAGAUGACAAAGCUACCAUGUGGUUUAUGAAUCGUUUUUACGAGCACCUUGUUCAUGGUGAAAGUGCCAGUGAAUCUCUUCAUCAGGCCAUGAAGUCGAUGAGAGAGACUCGCUUUUCUGACAUCAUGCAGUGGGCACCCUUUAUGCUGAUUGGAGAUAAUGUGACAUUCAAAGGUUUGUAUUUGAUA